AUGAGCUCUUUGCCUUGUGAUCCACCUACUGUUCCCGAGUCCAAUGCAGAAGAUAUAAUGAAGUCCCUCCAAGCCCUUCAAACCAUUCCAACAGCCCACCAAGAUUUACCCUCCUAUUUCUUCUUAUUUUGCAUGAAAUUCCUUCACUGCAAUUUAUUGGCCAAACCGUCUGCUUACAAAAAAGGCAAAACAAUUCGGAAUGAUGAAAAUAAUGGGAUCUCCUUACAUGGGGUCUCGAGCAAUUUGCCCAUGAAGGUAAGUUGGAAUAGGCUAAUGCCAGCAUUCAAAUGCUCACUUUCCCUGGGCCUUGCAGUGCUAUUUGGGUUGCUCUAUAACAAGGAAAAUGGGUACUGGUCAGGACUCUCUGUAGCGAUCAGUCUUGCAUCAGCCAGGGAGGCAACAUUCAAAGUUGCCAACGUUAAAGCUCAGGGGACUGUCUUGGGUAGCGUGUAUGGAGUACUGGGUUGCUCACUUUUUGGAAAAUUCUUGCCAAUAGUAUUCUUAUCUCUUCUCCCUUGGUUCAUUUUCACGAGCUUUCUACAGCGUAGCCGGAUGUAUGGCCAGGCCGGAGGAAUUUCUGCAGUAAUCGGGGCAGUAAUCAUCCUGAGCAGGAAAAAUUUUGGUCCUCCAAGUCAAUUUGCGAUGGCAAGAAUUACUGAAACCUUCAUUGGAUUGUCAUGUUCAAUAAUGGUUGAACUACUCUUGCAGCCUACCAGAGCUUCAACCCUGGCGAGAACUCAACUCUCUAAAUGUCUUGGGACAUUGCCCGCCUGUGUCGCCUCAGUAAGCCUCGGAUGCAACAGCAACAUAUCCGAAUUGGAAGAGAACCAAAGGAGGCUUGAAAUCCAAGUAAGCGAGCUUGGGAAGAUCAUUAAGGAAGCUGAUGUGGAACCCAAUUUCUGGUUUUUGCCUUUUCAUAGUGCUUGCUACAUUAAGAUAUUCGAGUCUUUAUCAAAAAUGGGUGAUAUCCUGCUUUUUAGUGCUCAUGCGGUGGGAUUACUUGAGCAAGCAUCACAAGGAUCAAUUGCGGAUUCUUGGAAAGAGCUUGUCAAUAAGCUAGAAGAUCAUGACCUUAAACUCUUCAAGGAAAUGGUUUGCUCUUCAAUAAAAUGUUAUGAACGAGUCACUUCGAUGAAAUUCCUCACAUUACUCGAAAAGGAGCUUGCUAAGAAUAAGUUUUCUUGUGAUCUCGAGUUGGGAAAAUCAAGAAGUUACCCAAACAUGAUUAUCAUGGAAUCAAAUUUAGAUGAACAUGUGAUGGAGAAAAUAAUAGAUUUAUAUCUCUUACAUUCAAAAGAACUUCUGGACAAAAUUCAGGUUGAAAGUACUGAUCACGACGAGCUCAAGUACUACAGCCAAAGGGUUUUAGGCUUGACUGCCCUGGGGUAUUGCAUCAGCAGUUUAGUGAGAGAGUCCGCUGAGAUUGGAAAGGAAAUCAAGGAACUCGUUCAAUGGGAGAAUCCUUCUAGCUAG